AUGCACAUCAAGUCAAUCAUUCUCGAAGGAUUCAAGUCCUACGCUCAGAGGACUGAAGUCAAUGGUUUUGAUCCCCUCUUCAAUGCUAUCACUGGUUUAAAUGGCAGUGGAAAAUCCAACAUCUUGGACUCCAUUUGUUUUUUGCUGGGCAUCUCCAAUCUGUCUCAGGUUCGGGCUUCUAAUUUACAAGAUUUAGUUUACAAAAAUGGGCAGGCUGGUAUUACUAAAGCCUCAGUCUCAAUCACCUUUGACAAUUCUGAUAAAAAGCAAAGCCCUUUAGGAUUUGAAGUUCAUGAUGAAAUUACGGUAACAAGGCAGGUGGUCAUUGGUGGCAGAAAUAAGUAUUUAAUCAAUGGAGUAAAUGCAAACAAUACCAGAGUACAGGAUCUCUUUUGUUCUGUUGGCCUUAACGUUAACAACCCUCAUUUUCUCAUCAUGCAGGGUCGAAUCACAAAAGUAUUGAAUAUGAAACCUCCAGAGAUUUUGUCCAUGAUAGAAGAAGCAGCUGGAACCAGGAUGUAUGAAUACAAAAAAAUAGCUGCCCAAAAAACUAUAGAAAAAAAGGAGGCUAAGCUGAAAGAAAUUAAGACGAUACUUGAAGAAGAAAUUACUCCAACCAUUCAGAAACUAAAAGAGGAAAGAUCUUCCUACUUGGAGUAUCAAAAAGUAAUGAGGGAAAUUGAACAUUUGAGUCGUUUAUAUAUUGCUUAUCAGUUUUUGCUUGCUGAAGAUACCAAAGAGCGCUCAGCUGAGGACUUAAAAGAAAUGCAGGAUAAAGUUCUAAAGCUUCAAGAGGAAUUGUCUGAGAAUGAUAAAAAAAUAAAAGCACUUACUCAUGAAAUAGAGGAGUUGGAAAAAAGAAAAGAUAAGGAAAUUGGAGGUGUACUCCGAUCUUUAGAAGAUGCUCUUGCAGAAGCUCAGCGAGUUAAUACUAAAUCUCAAAGUGCCUUUGAUCUCAAGAAGAAAAAUCUUUCAGGUGAAGAAAACAAACGCAAAGAGCUGGAAAAAAAUAUGAUUGAGGAUUCUAAAACUUUAGCAGCAAAGGAAAAAGAGGUUAAGAAGAUAACAGAUGGGCUGAACACCCUUCAAGAAGCAAGUAAUAAAGACGCUGAAGCUUUGGCUGCUGCACAACAGCACUUCAAUGCUGUUUCUGCUGGCCUGUCCAGUAAUGAAGAUGGAGCAGAAGCAACUCUUGCUGGUCAAAUGAUGGCCUGUAAAAAUGAUAUAAGUAAAGCUCAGACAGAAGCCAAACAGGCUCAGAUGAAAUUGAAACAUGCCCAACAAGAAUUAAAGACUAAACAAGCUGAAGUUAAGAAGAUGGAUAGUGGCUACAGGAAGGAUCAAGAAGCUUUAGAGGCUGUGAAGAAGCUUAAAGAAAAACUUGAAGCCGAAAUGAAAAAGCUAAAUUAUGAAGAAAACAAGGAGGAAAGCCUUCUGGAAAAGCGUAGGCAGCUGUCACGUGAUAUCAGUAGAUUGAAAGAAACAUAUGAAGCUCUCUUGGCCAGAUUUCCCAAUCUUCAGUUUGCCUACAGGGAUCCAGAGAAGAACUGGAAUAGAAAUUGUGUGAAAGGACUUGUAGCUUCUUUGAUCAGUGUGAAGGAUACCUCUGCAACCACAGCUUUAGAAUUGGUGGCUGGGGAACGACUCUACAAUGUUGUAGUAGACACAGAGAUUACUGGGAAAAAGCUACUAGAAAAGGGGGAAUUGAAGCGUCGAUACACUAUAAUUCCACUCAAUAAAAUUUCAGCCACGUGUAUUGCUCCAGAAACCCUGAGGGUCGCUCAGAAUCUUGUUGGCCCUAACAAUGUUCAUGUGGCCCUUUCCCUGGUUGAAUACAAACCGGAACUGCAGAAAGCAAUGGAGUUUGUGUUUGGAACAACAUUUGUUUGUGACAAUAUGGAUAAUGCAAAAAAAGUAGCCUUUGAUAAAAGGAUAAUGACUAGAACUGUAACUCGAGGAGGAGAGGUAUUUGAUCCUCACGGGACACUGAGUGGAGGUGCUCGAUCCCAGGCGGCUUCUAUUUUAACAAAGUUUCAGGAACUCAAAGAUGUUCAAGAUAAGCUGAGAAUCAAGGAGAAUGAACUACGGUCCCUAGAAGAGGAAUUAGCAGGUCUUAAAAACACUGCUGAAAAGUAUCGCAAACUAAAACAACAGUGGGAGAUGAAAACCGAGGAGGCAGAUUUAUUACAAACCAAGCUCCAACAAAGUUCAUAUCACAAGCAACAAGAAGAAUUAGAUGCUCUUAAAAAAACCAUUGAGGAAAGUGAAGAGACCUUAAAAAACACCAAAGAAAUUCAAAAGAAAGCAGAAGAAAAAUAUGAAGUAUUAGAGAAUAAAAUGAAAAAUGCAGAAGCUGAAAGAGAGAAGGAACUGAAGGAUGCUCAGAAAAAACUUGAUUGUGCCAAAACAAAAGCAGAUGCUUCCAGCAAGAAAAUGAAAGAAAAACAACAGGAAGUUGAAGCUAUCACUCUGGAACUGGAAGAGCUCAAGAGAGAGCAUGCAUCCUGCGAACAACAGCUUGAAGCUGUAAAUGAAGCUAUCAAAUCCUAUGAAGGUCAGAUUGAAGUAAUGGCAGCUGAGGUGGCUAAAAGUAAGGAAUCAUUAAAUAAAGCUCAAGAAGAGAUGACCAAGCAAAAAGAAGUGAUAUCAGCCCAGGACAAUGUAAUUAAAGCUAAAUAUGCAGAAGUGGCAAAGCAUAAGGAACAAAACAAUGAGUCUCAGCUUAAAAUUAAGGAACUGGACCACAACAUUAGCAAACAUAAACGGGAAGCUGAAGAUGCUGCUGCAAAGGUAUCCAAAAUGUUGAAAGAUUAUGACUGGAUUAAUGCAGAGAAACACCUCUUUGGGCUACCCAAUAGUGCCUAUGAUUUCAAAACUAAUAACCCGAAAGAAGCUGGUCAGAGACUUCAAAAAUUGCAAGAAAUGAAGGAAAAACUAGGAAGAAAUGUCAACAUGAGAGCAAUGAAUGUACUAACAGAAGCAGAAGAGCGGUAUAAUGACUUGAUGAAGAAGAAGAGAAUUGUAGAAAAUGACAAAUCCAAAAUACUUGCAACUAUAGAGGACCUUGACCAGAAGAAAAACCAAGCCCUGAACAUUGCUUGGCAAAAGGUGAACAAGGACUUUGGGUCUAUAUUUUCUACUCUUUUGCCUGGUGCUAAUGCUAUGCUUGCACCACCAGAGGGGCAAACUGUGUUGGAUGGUCUGGAGUUCAAGGUUGCCUUAGGAAAUACGUGGAAAGAAAAUUUAACUGAACUUAGUGGUGGUCAGAGGUCUUUGGUGGCUUUGUCAUUAAUAUUGUCCAUGCUCCUCUUCAAACCUGCUCCAAUUUACAUCCUGGAUGAGGUCGAUGCAGCCUUGGAUCUUUCUCACACCCAGAACAUUGGACAGAUGCUGCGUACUCAUUUCACACAUUCUCAGUUCAUUGUGGUGUCUCUAAAGGAAGGUAUGUUCAACAAUGCAAACGUCCUUUUCAAAACCAAGUUUGUGGAUGGUGUUUCUACAGUAGCCAGAUUUACUCAAUGUCAGAAUGGAAAGGUCCCAAAGGAAACCAAGGCCAAGGCAAAAGGACCCAAGUGA